AUGUUUUCAACCCUCAUCCGACGAACUGUCAGCGCUGGAGGCAACAACCUGAACAAUGGGCCAAAGAAGGGGGCCAACAACAACAACAUCAUCAUAGGAGCAGCGGGCGCUGCUGCACUCUUGGGGGUGUACUACUACAUGAACUACGAUACCAAGAAACAAGCUUCACCUUCGCAACAAAAGCCCUCGUAA